AUGGAAAAAGAGCGGUAUCGUUCGGUAACUCGCUUUUUGUUUUUGGAUAGGAAAAAAUUCGGGGAAAUAAAAGCAAAGUUGGAUGCUGUUUAUGGGAACACUUCACCAUCUAUGACCACAGUUAGAUAUUGGUUUAACGAAUUUAAACGUGAGCGAAUAUCCGUUUUUGAUGAAGAACGACCAGAACUCCCGGUAGACGUGGUUACCGAGGAAACCAUUGAAAAAGUCUACGAUAUGAUUCUCGCUCAUCGACGAACGAAAGUGCGCGAAGUAGCAGAGGCCGUGGGUGUGUCGACUGGAACGGCAAUUAAUAUUUUACAGGAUAAGUUGGCGAUGAAAGAAUUGUCGGCCCGAUGA